AUGUUCAUUGAAUGUAUUUUCCCGAGUCUGCCUGUUUCAUUUUUCCCAAUCAUACGGCUCCUACUUCCGAAUCUGGACAAUGUCCGAGGAGCUUACCACAUGAAAGAGACCAUGAUAGGCAGAGAAUACAUCCGACUGACUGGUCUCAGCCAAGAAACCAGGAAGGCUCAAGAGAUCUUGAAUUUCAAGCGUUCCGAUCCCUCAGGCAAACGAUUCGGCUUCCGCAAAGGUUUCGAAACGCUCGUCUUCGAAAUUCUGAAGAACAGAUCCAACAUGAAGAGCAGUGAGCUCUCUAUACAGAAAAUCAAUGACAUACUCAACGAAAUGACGAAGAGCAAGGACGCAGCUCAAACACAACUGAAGUUCCUGUUUAGUCAUUGCGAUCCUUUGGAACACAAAUGGCUCAUAAGGAUAAUCCUUCGACAUUCAUUGAAUAUCAGGAAGAGCACGUCUGUGGUUCUCGGCGCACUCCAUCCGAUGGCAGAAGAGAUGUAUUCAGUCAACCGGAACUUAGAGGACAUCUGCAUGACUCUGUACGACGCGGAGCUGGUCGUAAGCAGACCGAAAAUCGGUCUCGGGAAGCCUUUCGGCUUCAUGCUGUCAGCUCGCUCGAACCUCGCAAGCUUAGAGUCCGACAUGGGUCACUCCGAAUUCUUGAUGGAAAUCAAGUUCGACGGAGAACGAGUCCAAUGCCACAAGAAUCAAAACGAGUUCAGCUAUUAUUCCCGAGGCUACAACGAAUACAGUGCCACAUAUGGAACCUCGGGCCAACACGACAACAGUUUGAGUAGCUAUUUGAGCCGCGCGAUAGAUCCUCAUGUCGUAACGUGUAUCUUCGACGGAGAAAUGAUGUCGUACGACGGUAUCAGCAAGAAAUUCGUUCCGAAAGGCCGAAGUCGCGAUCUCAAGAAGAUCAAGACCGACGACGUGUCACACCAGCCUUGUUACAUGAUAUUCGAUCUGCUUUACUACAACGGGAAGGUUUUCACGGAUAAGCCUCUGCUGGAACGCCGGCGGGUACUCGAAAAUUUAUUGACGCCAAUCGAAGGACGGGUUCAACUGUCCGCUGCGCGUUCCGGACUAACGAAGGACGAAGCUUUGAAAUUUAUGAACGAAGCAACCUCGAAUCUUGAGGAAGGAAUCGUUAUCAAAAAAGCUGAUGGGCCAUAUGUUCCCAACGAGCGCGAUGCGGGAUGGCUGAAGCUUAAGCGAGACUAUAUGAACGAAGGGGUUGCAGAUCUCGACGUGAUCAUAGUCGGGGCAUACUACGCCGCUGGAAAAACCGCAAUUAUUUACGACAGUCUCCUCGUGGCCGUCGCUGAGGAUCCGGAGACGUCAUCAGAUCCUCCGAAAUAUUUUUACAGCUUCGGUCGAGUUCAUUCGGGUCUUUCCGAAGCUUUCAUGAAGGACCUUUUGGGGAAGACCGGUGACGCUUGGAAACCAUUCAACCGGGAUAAGUGUCCCACUUGGCUAAAAAUGUCCUCCAUGGCUAACUGUCCCAAUGUGAUCAUUGAGCCGAAAAGCUCGGUGAUUCUGACGGUCAAAGCGGCGGAGCUAGUUCCAACGAAAUCUUUCAUGACCGAAUGCAGCAUGCGGUUUCCGAGAGUGUCAGCCCUCAGAUUUGACAAACCAUGGAAGGACUGCAUGAGGUACUCGGAGCUUGCGAAACUAUACAGGGAAACCAAGGGAACUAUGACUGCGGGUGAUUUGAAGAUCGACCUGGAGACGAAAAAGGAGCAAGUGAGGUCUGGGAGAGGCAGGAGUCCGCAGCGGAAAAUCAAAGUGCAAUUGGAAAGGAAGCUCACGCCAGUGAAGCGAGUGAAGAGCGACUUUCUUCUCGGGAAAGAAUUUUGCAUAUUCGCGGAGAAAUCUGUCCGCAGUGCUCUGGAGAAGGCUGUCAGGAGACACGGCGGAACCUGUGUGCUUCUCCCCAGACCUUCAACGUUCAUGGUUGUUGCUGAUAGGCUUUCAUUCCGGAUCAAGACCAUACUCGAAACACGGGACGUUGCGAAGGUGAGUUCUUGGGGGUUGAAGCGGAAGAUGACGUGA